GCUAUGCGUUUAAAAACGAUAACAAAAGAGGAAUUAGCCUAAACCCUAAGAAGGAGAUGGCGUCUUCUUCUCGCUCGGAGAAACGAUGCCUUUACGAGGUUCUCGGUAUCAGCAAGGAAUCAUCGCCGGACGAGAUUCGAUCCUCUUAUCGGCGUUUGGCUUUGCAGCGUCAUCCCGACAAGCUUAUCAAGGCCGGUGGAAUAUCGGAGGCUGAAGCCACCGCACAGUUCCAAGAGCUCGUUCAUGCCUACGAGGUUUUAUCCGAUCCCAAGGAGCGAGCUUGGUAUGAUUCCCACCGAUCUCAGAUUCUAUUCGCCGACCAUGGCUCCGACGGUGGCUCGAAAUCUCGUGGAAUGCCCGGCGGCUCCGUCCCGGAUCUAUUCGCUUUCUUCUCCACCACUGUAUAUUCCGGGUAUUCAGACACCGGAAAGGGAUUCUACAAGGUGUAUUUCGAUGUGUUUAACAGUGUUUACCUCAACGAGAUUAAGUUCGCGAGAACGUUAGGUUUGAGGAUGGACUCUGUGAGGGAAGCUCCGAUAAUGGGGAAUCUAGAGAGUCCGUACGCUCAGGUGACGGCGUUUUACAAUUACUGGUUAGGUUUUAGCACUGUUAUGGAUUUUUGCUGGGUGGAUGAGUAUGAUGCGAUGGCUGGACCUAACAGAAAGUCGAGAAGGUUGAUGGAGGAAGAGAAUAAGAAGGUGAGAAAGAAAGCGAAGAGAGAGUAUAAUGAGACUGUGAGAGGUUUGGCAGAGUUUGUAAAGAAGAGGGACAAGAGAGUGAUUGACAUGAUGGUGAAGAAGAAUGCUGAGAUGGAGCUGAAGAAGGCGGAGGAGAGGGAGAGGAAGAAGAAAAUGGAGAAGGAGAGAUUGGAGAGAGCUAUGAAGUAUGAGGAGCCUGAUUGGGCAAAAGCGCAGGAUGUAGAGGAGGAGUUAGAUGUAGUGGAAGAGGAUGAUGAUGAUGAUGAUGCUGCUAAGAGGAAGAAUGAGCAGCUCUAUUGCAUUGUUUGUAGCAAGAAGUUCAAAAGUGAGAAGCAGUGGAAAAACCACGAACAGUCGAAGAAGCACAAAGAGAAAGUGGCGGAGUUGAGAGAGUCAUUUCAUGCAGAAGACGAAAAGGAGAGAGAAGAUGAGGAAGAGAAUGAUGGAACGCUGGAGCCACCUGAAACUGUAGAGGAGGAGCUCCAUGAGAAGUUUCAGGAUGGAUUAAAUAUUGACGAUGAAGAAGAUGUGGAAGAAAAGGAGGAAGUUGCAGGCGAAGCUGAUGAAACUGAUGAGGAGUAUUUUGUGGCAGAGGAAUAUGUGAAAGAAUCUAGUGAAAGUGAGGAUGAGGAUGUCGAUGAUGAGAUGGCUCUACUCAAGAAAAUGGUAUCUGGACAAAAGAAUAAGCGAAAGAAUGUUGUGUCAAGGAAAGAAGAUGGAGCUCAAGUCAAGAUUGAGAGCGACACAGCAGAGUUUAGCGAAUUUGAUAACCAGAAAAGCACAGGUAGGAAUAGAAAAGGUAAGAAGGAGAGAAAUAAACGGAAUGCUGGAAAAGACACGACAGAUGAUGCCAGCGAGGUACAGAUACCUGGAGACGACGGUAAUGCAGAUGACAAUGUGGAUGCAACGGAAACAGCUUCUGGAGCAUUUGAGGAUUCUCAGAAGGAUGAGCCAGAUUUAAUGGAGUAUGAUAACAGGAAGAGCACAGGGAGGAGGCGCAGAAGUAAGAAGCCUAAGGAUAAGAAUAAUCUUGGUGGGUUAAUGGAGAAGAGCAGUGAAGCGGAUGAUACAAAAGAUCGAAACGGAGACAUGGAAGAAUCUCAUUCAGAGACGUUUGAGGAUCGAAGUGAAUAUAUAGAACACAAGAAGGCUCCCAGAUCAAAGAAAUCAACCAGAGGAAUGAAAACCAAGGGUACGUCGAAGAAAACCAGUAAUAACGAAUGCGAUAGAUGCGGAGAGGAGUUCGAGUCGAGGACAAAACUAUUUAAGCAUAUAGCUGAUACCGGUCAUGCGACAGUGAAAUCUCGAUGAUCCAUAUGCUCAUUUUAAAGCGCAUUUAAGGAUUAUGCAGAGAAGAACCAAAGGCUGGCUGGAGAAUUGCAUUCUUUGAUUUUAUUUAUACAUUGGACACAAUGAAGAAAAAGGAAGGUGGAAAGAGAGCAAAUAAGCUAUUGUUCUGACAUCGUUGUAGUGGAAACGAAUUGGUGAUAAUGUACCGUAUUUUUUUUGCAGAGAAGAAGUCG